UGUCUGACAGGGCGGGAGUACAAAAUUCCGUCUCCUCUCCAAAGAUUCUUGGCAGAGACGGUGGACUUCAUCAUCUUGUUUUGUGUGAAGGCCACCAUCGUGUUAUGGAUCAUGCAUCUGAGCGGCAUGAAGGACAUUGCAAAGUUCAUCACCCACUUCAUCGUGGAGGAAAUUGACGAGAACACGUCUUUAGAAGAUCUACAGAAGAUGAUGGCGGUUGCUCUGGUCUACAGGGUUCUAGUGUGUGUUUAUGAGACGCUCUGCAUUUGGGGUGCUGGCGGCGCGACUCCAGGAAAGUUCCUGCUCGGUCUGCGAGUUGUGACGUGCGACACGUCCACGCUGGUACGACCCAACCGCGUUCUUGUGGUCCCGGCGUCCAACGUCUCCCUCUCUGCCUCAAUGGUGCGUGCGCUGAACAAGAACUUCUCGAUUGCGUUCCUCUUUCCCGUCUUCAUCACGCUGCUCUUCUUCCAGCACAACAGGACUGUGUACGACAUCGUCGCAGGAACCAUAGUUGUGCAGCGCAGAAGCGCUAGAUAGUUCCUCCUCCGGACCGAUUGAGUGGAGCCGGCCAUUGUGAUGGCCAAAGAGACUUUUGCACUGAGUGUUGAAAGGCUGAUGGACUGAGCAUUGAUUUGUUUAAUGGACGGACUGCACUGCUUAGACUUCAGAAGCAUCUUAGAGAAGCUUUUAUCAUGACUGAACCCAUAGAUCCAAACCCUCCACAGUAUUGUGAGUUUUGAUUGACUGUUUAUGCAAACUGUAAAUGAUGCUGAACUUUCCAGGUAAUUGACACAUGAUGUAAAGUUCUAAAAAUGUGUAAUAUUAAAAUAAAUGAUUAUAUUUCAUAAACAAGAUAAA